AAUUGAGCAGCCCUGCUAGUCGAAUGUUGAUUCCUUCUCGACGACUCGGAUAUUAUUACUUUCAUUUUUAAAAUGUUCGCUGCCACUAAAGUUCUCAGGUUGCUGCAUCCAAAUGUGGCCCGAGGGAUGCAGAACACUAAAGAGUGGGUAAGGUUGCAGAGUACAGUGGCAGAAGCUAUGAUUGAAAUAAAAAACCCAUGCAAGUACCACAAACUUGAUGAAGGAAUUCCCACGACAGUGAAGGUGACAAAGGAGGAGGCUUCUAAGUACUACCACCAGAUGCAGCUCAUCAGAAAAAUGGAGACAGCUGCUGGAAGUUUAUAUAAAGAAAAAAAAAUUAGAGGGUUCUGCCAUCUUUAUUCAGGACAGGAAGCAUGUUGUGUUGGCAUGUCGGCAGCUUUAAGGAUAUCAGAUGCUGUGAUCACAUCCUACAGGGCACAUGGUUGGACUUACAUCAGAGGGCGAGCUGUUGCCGAUGUUCUCGCUGAACUCACAGGCAAGUCAACAGGUUGUGCAGAAGGAAAAGGUGGGUCGAUGCACAUGUACGGACCAGGAUUCUAUGGAGGCAAUGGCAUUGUUGGUGCUCAGGUUCCGCUGGGAGCUGGAAUAGCCCUGGCCUUCCAGUACCAAGGUAGAGAUGAUAUAUGCAUUGCAUUGUACGGUGAUGGAGCAGCCAACCAGGGUCAAGUGUUUGAGGCUUACAACAUUGCCAAAUUAUGGGACCUGCCGGUGUUAUUUGUUUGUGAGAACAAUGGCUAUGGUAUGGGUACCAGUACUGAUCGAGCGUCUGCAAGCGUCUGCUACUACACCAGGGGAGAUUACAUUCCAGGCAUAUGGGUAGAUGGAAUGGAUGUGAUUGCCAUCAGAGAAGCUACAAAAUUUGCUGCUGAGUACAUGAGAGCAGGUAAAGGACCACUUGUUAUGGAAGCUGCCACAUACCGUUACCAUGGGCACAGUAUGAGUGACCCUGGAACCAGCUACCGAACCAGAGAGCAGAUUCAAGAAGUGAGGCAGAAGAGAGACCCAAUCACCGGUUACAAGGAGAGGAUGAUUGCAGCUAACCUCAUGGUUCCUGAGGAGUUCAAGGCGAUCGAUGAGAAGAUCAAGGCGGAAGUUGAGGAUGCAGUGAAGAAGGCAAAGGAAGAUCCAGAACCAGUCCUUGAUGAGUUAUACACCCACGUUUACAGUGAAAUACCCAAGAACUACAAGAUUAGAGGAUGUGACCCCAGCAUCCUCAUCACUCCAACUAAAUGAAGAUGAGAUAGCAUCAUGAGCUGAAAAGAUCUUACGUCAAUCAUAUUACGUCAUUGUGAAAUAAAUUUUUAUUUUUAUAAUAUUAAAAUUUCAUUUGUACGAAUUUUCGUCGGAAAAAUUUUUGGAAUUCGAUUACACGAGAUGUAAUAUAGAACUUUAGGUCAGUUGUUAGCUUCACGUUUAUUGAUAUUUUUUGUUUUGGAUUGUUUACCUUGGCUUAACAUUUUCAUUUUUUCUUUAAAUAUGGUUUCAAGCCUCCUUUUAUUUAUUUAAAUGUUCCCAACCAUUUGUAAAAUAAUUUGGAAUUUAUGAUCAGUUGUUUGUUUCAUUGCUUCUUUCUUUUAACAUUUUUAUUUAUUUCAAUUUCAAAGUUGUUUAGUUUCAAAAGUUUCUAUGAGAAAUUACCAACAGCAUUAACACUCGCCAAAUCUGAUUAUUCAACACAAAAUAUUACAGAACAAACUUUAAUUGGAAUUUUUGUUAUACUGAAUGAGUAAUUUUUUUGAAUGAAUUUGUUAAAACUCUCAAUCUCUAAAUGCUUAUCCAGUUCCUAUAUUUUGUUACAAUAAACAUUAAUGUAUAUGUGUUUUGUGUACUUUUAGUUAAGAAAUUGUUGAUGGAAUCUUUUAUUUGAAGCUGGAAUGGAGUAAUAGUGUAAACAACUGUUAUGUAUCUCAUAUUGUUUCGAUGUUAACAAAAUUUGUUAAUAAAAAAUUUUCGAUCUCCAAA